AUGUUUCUCGCAGCAAUCCUUAACAUAUAUAUCUGGAUCCGAGCUUGGUGCAUCUACAUAUUUGGGACAUCAGAGGCCCGCAUAGUCUUCCUGCCCUUUGGUCUUGUUCUCAAAGUCACCACCCAAAAUAUCGCGCACGAGGGCCAUACAAUCGAAUUUGUCCGCAACCACACCUCUAUCCCUGUCCCACGCGUCUUUGUCGCAGCGGAGUGGUGUGGGCGGAAAUACCUGCUUAUGAAGAAGGUAGAAGGCGAUAACUUGGAGUGGGCAUGGCAGCAUCUCGACGCCGAGCAGCGCUCAAACAUCGUUCUUCAGCUGCGCUCCUUCGUCCUUCAGCUUCGUGCUCUCCGGUCUCCUCAUGGACCAGCAGUGUGCGGGCUAAAUGGUGUCACUUGCAUUGACAGCCGCAUAUCCUCACAACCUGUCGGUCCAUUUCCAAACGAAAGCGCAUUCAAUGACGGUCUCAUCGUCGCCGCGAAGCUAUACUUAUGUGAUGAGAUUCUUGCAGACAUCCGCUCUCGCAUGCGCAACGACCACCGCAUCGCUUUUACUCAUGGCGACCUCGCACCACGCAAUAUCUUCGUGCGCGGAGGCACAGUUGUGGCGGUCAUUGACUGGGAGGAGUCUGGAUGGUAUCCAGAGCACUGGGAGUUUGUCAAAGCUGUAUACUUCCCGUUUUACAAACGGGAUGAGGCUUGGCUGCAGGCUAUACGAGACUUCAUCCCGGAAAACUACGAAAAAGAACGGGUUGUGGGUCGCGAACUAUCGGACCGCAUGGUUGGCGCGUUCUAA